UCACUCUCACUCUCAAAAUAUUUAAUCAAAUUUUGCAGGAACACUGUGCAUAGGGUCCCAGUAACAGAGCUUCGAUUCUAGAGAGAGAAAGGAGAGGGAGAAAGAGGAGAGAGAGAAAGAGGAGAGAGAGAAAGAACAAUGGAUGGUGACCUCCGUUCUCUCCUGGAACCCCUCGGGAAGGACCAGCUCCUCGAUCUCCUCCUUAAACUGUGAGACCCACCCUCUCUCUCUCUCUGGUUCAAAGUUCAUGCUUCUAAUGCUUCCUGCUCUUUUAUCUUUAUUUUUGUUUUUGUUUUAGAGAGAGAGAGGGAGAGAUGUGAUGCAUUUUGGGUGGGGUUUUUGUGCUUGGGAUGAUCCUUUUUACUUUAAUCUCAAUGGGUUUUAUUCAUAUUAAUAGUGAUGGGUUUUCUUGGAGGAAUUUACUGUAGUUUGAUUAUAAUGAGGGAGAGAGGGAGGAGACAUUCUGGUCAUUUGCUGGUCUGUGCAUUCUUGGGGAAUGAGGUGAUGCAUUACAUUUAAAUAGAGAGAGAGAGAGAGUGGGUAAUGUGUUUUGAGUGUUUGGAAGUCACGCAUCAGGGUGUUUGGUGGGUUCUUGUGGUGAGGAUAUGAAGAAUUAAUUCUUUUUGUCUGGCUCAAACAUAUAGUGCGAUUCUUGAUCUGAAUUAACUGUAUUUUCCCUAUAAUUAAGAGGUCUGCAUAUAUGGGUUUUAAACUUUUAUUGCGAUUUUCACAUUGAUGUUAAUCAUUUCACAUACUUGUGAAAGAUUACAGUAUUAUUGUGUCAUGUAUGACUUCUUUCCUGAAUAAUUCUUUUUGGAUGUAUAGCUUCAUGUUAUGCCCUAAAGAUUGGGGGGAGGGGGCGCUUUGAUUUCUGGCAAUUUUUUCUUCCUAAAAAGAUAAACACCAUUGAUCUUUUAUGAAUGCAAUUCUUUCCUCUUUUCUAGUGUCAUUAAGAUUUAAAACCCGUUAUGAUACUUUCACAUGGAACUGUUUGAUUUUGAAUUUAGUAAUACAGUUUUUGGUAUUGGGACUUUACUUCCAUUGCAACCAACCUGAGAGAUUAUCAUAAAAUCAAAGGAGAAGAAGAAGUUGAUCACAAAGUUUCACCCUCUUCCUAAAGACAUCUUGAAUUUCAACCUCAUGUUACUUGGAUGUAUAUUAGGUUCCCAAAAUCUUCUGAAUGCUGAGGAAAUUAGAGACACUGCAAGUGCAGAUCUUGUUCAUCGCAAGAUUCAUGUGCGCAUGUUGGCCAUGGAAACUACUUCCAAAACCUUGUGUGAUGUGUUCCGGGUGCAUGGAGAAAUAGAGGAUGGGUGUGUUUUUGUUGACAGGCCAACAGGACAAUCACUGCGAUACGGUUUCGUGAUUUAUCGAGAUAUGAAAUCUGCUCAAAGGGCCUUGAAGGAACCCUGCAAGCUGAUCGACGGGCAGUUGAUUAUGUGUUACCGGUCUGAUGAAAGCUUAACUGAUACAUUUGCAAGUAGUGAUCAAGAAGAAAGGAGGGUCUUUAUUGGAGGCUUCUCACCUCAUGUCUCAAGGCAGAUGCUGAUUAAUAGUUUCUCAAAGUAUGGUCCCAUCCAUGGAGGCUUUGUUGCAUAUGACAAAGAUACCAACACGUCACGUGGGUUUGGCUUCAUUGAGUUCAAGACCGAGAAAGCAGCUAAAAAGGCUCUUGAUGACCCAAACAAGGUCCUGGAGGGUAGGCGCAUCACGGUUAAGCUUGCAUAUCGCUCGAACACCAAGGAUCCAACAGAGUUGGAGGCACUUGCACAUAGUGAGCAAAACAGAGACCCAACACAGUUACCACCACCAUUUGUUUAUCCAAUGCCCAAUCCUUUCCCUGUGGCCUUUCCUUUUCAAGUAGGCCAAGUCAAGCUCAAUUUUGAUGGCAUCUGUUUGGGUAAUUCAGUGCGUUGUGGUGUUGGUGGGGUGUUAAGCAAUGAGUAUGGGCAGACACUGCUAGCAUUUUCAGGUCCAUGUGAGAGUGGAGAUUCUAACACUGUUGAGGCUAGGGCACUCCUUUCUGGUCUCCAGAUGGCCAUCUCGCGAUCUUUCUAUCUUCCUUUGUUUAUAGAAAGCGAUUCUAUAAAUGUUAUCAAAUGGGCUUGUGGUGAAUUACCACUCCCUUUGAAUUUGAGGAUCAAUGAUAUCAUGGGGCAAGUUCAAGAGAUUUUCAAGUCUGUGCAUGCAGUAUUUUUUCAUGUUUCUAUAGAGAGCAAUGCACUAGCAAAUGCCCUUGCUCGUGCAGGAGCUAUGAGAGAGAUACUUGCCUUCGGGGCCGACCCCUACUCUCUUCUUUAAUCAUUUCUUACACAUCAUCUUUUAAAAAACAAAAGAUCAAAAGAAAAGAAAUUAAUUUUGUAUAUAUUUCUUAGAGGACAUAGGGCUUUUGAUGGUUAUGCAUAUCAGUGGGCGUUCGAUGAAACAGUGGUGGGCACAUUUUUUCUUAGAGGGCAUAGAGCUUUUCAUGGGUAUGCAUAUCAGUGGGCCUUACGAUGAAACAGUGGUGGGCACAUUUUUGGGUGGUGUAAAACUCAUAGAAACAUGGAUUUUGCUGCAUGUUUUUCAGAGAGAAUAUGCAGGGGAUGAAAAGUGAUGAGAGAGCUUGAAAGAGCUCUGCCUGCAGUUGGUUUGAGAAAGAUGUGGCUAUUGAAUUCAGGGUUGGACCUCAUAUGCGGGUUCAGUUGUAGGGAGUUACUAGAGAUUUUCUCCUUUGCUGUUUGAAACAUUGAAGUCUCAUAUUUUGGUUGAGUAUAUAUGGAAUUUGGUUAGAGAGUGAGUUGAGAUUUUCUGCUUGUUUUUAAAUAUUGGAGGGCUUAUUUACUGGUUA